AUCCGCCCUUUGUUUUCACUCGCUUCCACGCCCUGCCCAUCACAUAUUCUCAUCCAUACCGAGUCGCCGAGAAACAUCCAAUCAUGGCCAACAACGCAACCGCACCGCAAACCGGCGACCGCCUGGCCGGCCUCGCUCACUCUGAGCAGCACUACUUCAACAGCUACAACCACCACGGAAUCCACGAGGAGAUGCUCAAAGAUGAUGUGCGCACUCGCAGCUACCGCGAUGCCAUCUACCAGAACCGCCACCUCUUCAAGGACAAGGUCGUCCUCGAUGUCGGCUGUGGUACCAGCAUCCUGUCCAUGUUCGCCGCAAAGGCCGGCGCCAAGCACGUCAUUGGUGUUGACAUGUCGACCAUCAUCGACAAGGCAAAGGAGAUCGUCGAGGUUAACGGCUUGAGCGACAAGAUCACUCUUCUCCAGGGCAAGAUGGAGGAGGUUGUUCUUCCCUUCCCCGAGGUCGACAUCAUCAUCUCCGAGUGGAUGGGCUACUUCUUGCUGUACGAGAGCAUGCUGGACACUGUCCUGUGGGCUCGUGACCGUUACCUCAAGAAGGGCGGUCUCAUCUUCCCCGACAAGGCCACCAUCUUUGUCGCCGGUAUCGAGGACGGUGACUACAAGGAGGAGAAGAUCAACUUCUGGGACAACGUCUGGGGCUUCAACUACGCUCCUCUCAAGCGCACCGCUCUCACCGAGCCCCUCGUCGAUACCGUCGACCUUAAGGCUGUCGUCACCGACCCCGCUCCUCUCAUCACUCUCGACCUCUACACCUGCAAGGUCGCCGAUCUCGCCUUCCACCUUCCCUACUCCCUCCCCGUCCGCCGCACCGACUACGUCCACGCUCUGAUCGCCUGGUUCGACAUUGAGUUCUCCGCCUGCCACAAGCCCGUCAAGUUCAGCACCGGCCCCCACACAAAGUACACCCACUGGAAGCAAACCGUCUUCUACCUCGACGACAACCUCACCGUCGAGGCCGGCGAGAAGCUCAACGGUACCCUGCUCUGCAAGCCGAACGACCGCAACAGAAGAGAUUUGGACGUCGAGAUUGAGUAUGCGCUCGAGGCCAACGAGCAAGGUCGCGAGGCCAAGGGCAAGUGCACCUACGUCAUGUGCUAACCGCACUUUGACACCGUUGGUCACUGCUGCUCAAUCGUCAUUUGUUUAUUUUUCUAUCGUUCAUGGAGCUCAGAGUUGAAGGAAGGGGAAGGGGGUCAUAAAAAGUACGAGCAUGGGGGGGUUGCUUUUUUUCCAUAUUUUCGCUGUCUUGCAUGGGAAAGGUGUUACGGGAAAGGGAGGAGAAUCUACAUAACGUCGAAUGACUACCAUCUCUUGAAACUCCAAACACAAAUCUCAAUGUUGAGACCAUCAUCUUUUGUGAUUAGAAAAAGAAUGCAUUAAUGAAAUAAGGUGCCAGUAGAAAUAACCAGCAGGUCAACUCCGACAUCUGUCAUCCGGGCCUCGGUCCCGCAUAGAAAAUCAUCGGGAAACUCGGCCCCGAAGGCUGAAAGCUCCUGACUUUCUCCACAUCGAACAUCCCGCU